ACGUCAGUAAAUCAGUUAUCGCUCAUACUUUAUUUGUCAACCUUACAAAAUAGAUGUUUUGAAUUACACCUAUAUUAAUAACAUGUAGGAAAAAUUCUUUAAACAUGUCCCAUCAGUUACCGCGAAAUUAUGUGAAUUUAAUCGUUCGUUUAAAAAUAAUAUGGUUACCUACACACCUAUGCGAAUCACAUACCAAUCUCAUUUGAAUCAGAUACCUAUCUAUCUAUCUAUAGACAUCUUUGAAUUUUGAAUUAUCUACAUUCAAAAUAAACACGUGGUGAAUUUCUGCGCUCGUUUUAUCCAGUUAUAGUGUUCUGUAUCAAGAAAAUAUGUAGAAAUUGGCCUGGAGCAACACGAAGGCUGAACGAAAAUUCGUAUUUCAAGAGAUACCUACUGUUUUUUGAAGAGCAUAAUCAAUCUGUGACUUGGAAAAACGCGAGAACGGACAAUGAAAUUGACUAUGGAUACUCAUAACCAUCCUACCAUCAGAAAACUGACUUGAUUGAGACACUCUCUGGAUUCAGGACGGCGAGUUUUCAGACACUCAGUAUGCAUCUUUACAGCACAUUCUCCUUGAUUUGGUUCGUUUACACUGCAUCUUUGUUUUUGAAAAGUAUAGCUAAUGCAUCAAGUGAUAAUCCAACAAAGUAUUUUUUGAGAGAAUCAGACGAAUUGAAAUUUAACCACAUGGUAGUGUACAGUCUUCGAGAUUGGGUGUUUAUAGGCGCAGUUAACCGCCUCUAUCAGUUGGACUCUAAUUUAAAAGUGGUACGUAAUUGGACCACGGGUCCAGAGAACGAUUGUAAAUAUUCGUGGAACGUAUUCUAUACACGAACUGAUAAUCACAACAAAAUGCUGCUAUUGGAUUACAUAAAUUCUCAAUUAUUAUUAUGCGGAAGCGUUUCUCCCCCCUGUAAAAUAUAUCGCAUUGAAGGAACUCCAUCAAAAACACUAAAAUCUUUGUGUGACAUACCUGUUGCUGAUGUAGAAAUGGCAUCAGUGGUAGCAUUCAUUGCACCUAACUCGAGACAUAAAUGUUUGUCACGGUCAUGGUGGUUUGGUUGCAAGGAGUAUGGCACAUUACCAGUACUACACGUUGGAAUUAAAUACAUGCAUCAGGAACACCAAUCAAAAGCAUCAGCACUUGCUAGAGCAGACUUGAGAGAAAAUACCUUAAUCAAGGUUGCUAAAAAAACACUAGAAAAUGAAUAUAAGGAAAAUUACAUCUCUAGUUAUGUACACGGAUUCAGUUCGGGAUCUUAUAAUUAUUUUUUGACCACUGAAAUUAAUGCUGCGCAACCCUCCAAGUCUAAAUCAAAAUUAAUGAGGAUUAACCUUGAUGAUGAAAACUAUAGUUCAUAUACAGAAAUCUAUAUUGAAUGUCAUGAUGAUAAAGGCACAGAGUAUAAUUUAGCCAAAGCUGCAUUUGUUGGAAUGUCUGGUUCUCAGUUGGCAAAUUCACUAAACAUCAAACUAGAAGAUGACGUAUUAUUUGGGAUCUUUGCUAGAAGUGAACAACAAACUAUGAAUAAUGAUGACAUGAAAAAAGUGGGAAACAAAACUGCACUGUGUAUCUAUCCAUUGAAAACAAUUGAUAACAUGACUCUUGAUGGAAAAUCACCAGUCAAGGAGCAAGCUACUGCAGUAUUCAAUACAAGUGUGAAAGCCAUCAUUGCCACACCUCACCCCAAUGGAUUUACUGUUGCAUUCCUCGGUACAAAUGACGGUCAUUUAAUCCAAAUAGGGGUAAAGAAUAAAUCUACAAUGUGUCGGUAUGGCAGAAUAACUAUAGAUGAAGGAUAUGCAAUAAAUUCGGAUCUUCAUUUUGACCAAGAGACGGAUAAUUUAUACACACUCACUGAACGUAAAUUGACCAAAGUCAAGAUUCCUUUUCCUGCUCCAUCAAUAUCUACAUUAGAGCCCAGAACAGGACUAACAGGAAUCAGCAUGAAUAUUACCAUCGAAGGUGACAAUUUAGGUUGCACAUUUGAAGACAUCCAAAAUAUUUCAGUGGCAGGGAAAUUGUGUACUCCCUACAAGCAUCUGUAUGAAUCGCUAAAAAAGAUAGUUUGUCUCAUCAAUAUUACAUCCAAGGAGCGAAAACCUUAUGAAGGUCCAGUUGAUAUUCAUGUCAAUGGUUUGUUUGCCAAAUCAAUACAAAAUUUAAAAAUUUUUGAUCCUAUAAUUGAGAAUAUUUUUCCAAAAGAGGGCUCAGUGCAUGGUGGCACCGAGCUAACUAUUACCGGUCAACAUUUCGAAACUGAAGGUCUCAUUCGUGUUUCAAUCGGUAACAUAUCAUGCGAAGUACUUUAUUAUACUCAAAGUGUAAUCAAGUGUGUUACUCAACCAUCGAUCAUUACAAACGACAAAGUGAUUGUAAAAUUUGGAAAGUAUUAUCACCUAACUAAUCAUUCUUACAAAUAUACCAAUGAUACCGAUCGUGAUAGAAACGGUUACAAUCUUGCUCCAAAAGGUAUUCCUGCUGGCGGUAUCAUAAUUUCAAUACAUAAUAACAUAGGCCAGAAUUUUUUAACAAUUCAAGAAAUGAUUUUUCAAGUGAAGUACAAUGGCCACACCUAUAAUGGGUCAAAAUGUUUAUAUAUUAAUACUGCUUUUUUGAUGCGCUGUUUUUCACCUCAUAUCCAAGAAAUUGACAGCAAUUCAAUAAGUUCGGAAAAUCCAAGAACAUUCAAUUACACGUUGUUAAUCAAACACAAUGGGACAAAUGCUACAUCAAGAUCCAUCCAGGUGAAUUCCUCAACGUUUCUUUUGUACCCAAACCCAAAGUUUAAUAAUUUUUCCAUAUUUGAAUACGCUGAAAAAGUUCGUUUUGAAAUCAAGGGACGAAACAUAGAUAAUGCUUGUCAAAAAUCAGAUUUCAAUGUACGGGUAGGGAAUGAUAAUUGCUCAGUAAUUACUCUAUGUCAAAGCGACCUUGUCUGUGAGAUGCAGAAAAAACAUCCAACUGUUUUCGCAGCAUAUGAAAAUGUUAUUGUCCAGAUUGGAAACAAUCUAAACUACACAGUGCCCAAAGCAAAACAAGAUGAUAUUCCCAAUCAACACCAAAUUAUUAUUCACUAUCUCAAAAUAGUUGGCCUCAGUGUACUUGUUUUCAUAAUUUCAGCGUUUGCAUGUACCUGUUUCAUUUAUCGCAGAAAUGGAAAAUCUGCAAAAAAACAAAUGCAAGAACGAAUAAACAGGCUAGAAUUAUGCGUGGCUGCCGAAUGCAGAGAGGCCUUUGCCGAACUUCAAACAAAAAUGUUGAAUUCCGUCUCCGAAAACAUCACCAAUAACUUACCUUUCCUAGACUAUCGUACAUUUGUAAUGAAAAAUGCAUUUCCAAACCUAGAUGAUCAUUCUAUUAUACUCAGUUCAGACCCAACACUACUUUACAACAAUGAACCAUUACAAUUACUUGGAGAAUUAAUCCACAACAAGACAUUCCUAUUGAUAUUCAUUCAAACAAUGGAAGGUCUCGACAGUUUCUCUAUGAAUGAUAGAAUAUAUUUCGCUUCCAUGUUAAUGAUAGCAUUGCAGAAUAAGAUGGAAUAUUGCACCGAUAUCCUGGAGACCUUACUGGCAGAUCUGAUAAAAAAAUACAUCCAAGGUAAAACUCACCCCAAACUUUUACUCAGACAAAGUGGAAGCAUCGUUGAAAAAAUGCUUUCUACCUGGUUCACCUUCUUACUCUAUGAAUUUUUAACAGAGUUUUCCGGAGAACCAUUAUUCAAAUUAUUUAAAGCUAUAAAGCAACAAAUUUACAAAGGUCCGGUCGAUAUGAUCACCUAUGAAGCUCGAUAUUCUCUAAAUGAAGAGAAACUUAUUCGACAAUGCAUUGAUUAUCAUCCUAUUACUGUACAUGUAAAUGUUUCUCAUAAAGAUGCUUCUAUUAUUGGGUUUGAAUCAGCUGUAGAAAUGAAACCUGUCAGCGUACUCGAUUGUGAUACCAUAUCCCAAGUAAAAGAGAAGAUUUUGGAGACAUUAUGCCCUAAUAUAGGUUUCAGUAAACGUCCACAAGCUUCAACAUUCAAUCUCAAAUUAUCAACAAGUGCAACAACCAAGUAUUCAAAUUUACAAGAUGAUGAUACCAGCUCAAAAACAGAAAGGGGAUGGAAACAAAAAAAUACGUUGCUUCAUUACGGAGUUCAAGAUGGUGCAAAACUGACUUUAGUGCCUAUUGAAAAAACCAUGAAUCGUCAAACUUCAUUCGACAGUGUGACAGGAAAACCCAAGAUGUUCAGAUUACUUUCAUCGAGUUUUGACUCCAGAUCUUCAUUAAUAAGGCGAAAAAACGUCGAUGUUGAUCACAAUAAUAUCAAAGAAUGGCAUCUAGUCAAACCUAACACUUUGGAUGAUGAUUCUAAAGAUCGAGACGGAUUCGAUAAAAUGGUAUCUGAAAUUUACCUGACGAGAUUAUUAGCAACCAAAGGUACAUUGCAACAUUUUGUUGAUGAUUUAUUCAAAGACAUACUCAACCAAGAAUCUCAAAUUGACUGCUUUCCAAUGGCUAUCAAGUUCAUGUUUGAUUUUCUAGAUUAUCAAGCUUUUUUACACGGUGUCACUGACCCAGAAGUGGUGCACGCAUGGAAAAGUAAUUGUUUACCUUUACGAUUUUGGGUUAAUUUAAUCAAGAAUCCGAAUUUCUUAUUCGAUGUGCACAAAUCGGAAAUUGUCGACUCUUGUCUCAGCGUAGUAGCUCAAGCUUUUAUGGAUUCUUUCUCAACUGCUGAACAUAAUUUAGGAAAGAAUUCGCCUACUUCGAAAUUAUUGUACGCCAAGGAUAUUCCAUUUUAUAAGCAGUGGGUUCAAAAGUAUUAUGCGGGGAUUCAAUCAAUGCCCGCCGUAUCUCGAGAAGAUAUGAAUAAAGUGCUGGAAAAUGAAUCGUUAUUGCAUGCUAAUGAUUUUAAUACCAAUGAGGCAAUGCAUAAAUUGUACAGAUAUAUCGUGAAAUAUAAUGACGAGUUGAUGACAGCUUUGAAAAAAGACCAAUCUCCUCUGACAAACUCGCUAGCACAAAAGUUAGAAGAGGUGAAUAGAGCUAUUUCCAUAAAUAAGAAAUCUUAAUUUACCUAUACCUAGGUAUACAUAAUGGCUCAAAACUAGCUAGCACAUAUUUGCUUAGGUACAUUUAACAAGAGUUGAAAAAGGUUUCACUUUACCAAUGUGUACUCUCAGUUUUCUUUUCUCUGUUUCAAGUACAUAUGUCAUAUCUUUGUAAUCUCUGAAAAUGUAAAUAAGUAGAUAGGUUUACCUAAUUUAUGCAUUUAGUUUCGCUUUACAUUUUUAUUACCUUGUCUAAAAAUACAUAUUCCCUAUGUCACUUAUUUGAAUAAAUUUAUUCGAUACAGAUGA